CGGGAACUUCCCCAGACACGGACGAGGUAGAGGUAGCGCGGCAUGGAAAUGUCCAACUUGGUCCGCAAGGUGAAGGAACCGACGCACGGCAUCUAAGCAAAAUCGAUCUUCAAGACCAAGACCAAGAGGAACAUCAUGAUGUCGGCGGCGAAAAUACCUCUGAUGUUGUAGACGACGACGGCGCUCUUCUUCAUCUAAGCGGCGCAGGCGCACAGCAGGAAGAAGAACAAAAGCAACGACUGCACGACCACACCUCUGAUCAAGACAAAUCCUCGGCUGUGGACGAGGAUGACAAUGAAGAGAAAAGCAUCCGUUCUGAUGAAGAGGACAGUGAUUGUGACCCCACACAGAUUGAUGUUGACCCCGCAGAUGACAGAAAUAUCCAGGAGAGCGACAUCAAGGACGAGGACGCGGAGCUAGUCUCGGACCAAGAGGUAGGCGGCAGCAGCAGCGUUGGCCGCGACGGCGCGACCACAGACAAGGAGGAGGACACUCGUGGGAUUUAUUUGUCCGGGGCUGACCACAACGAGAACGAGAC